UCUCGUAUCACUAUCUCGUAUCUAUCUGCAUUAUCACAACUGCCGAGUCUCACCGCCCGUCUAUCAAAUUCCAACACCACCACCAUUACCAUAUACCCAGCACCAUAUACACAACACCUGAAAUAACACCUCAACCUCGCAAACCACACACAUCACAAAAAAUCAAGAGGACAUCCCAAAAUGUCCGACAGCAAACAAUCCCUCCUCUCCCAAACGGAGCCCGAAACCGACGACCCACCCCCGGCCUACACCAGCACGACCAACACCACAACUCCCAACAAACCCAACCACCAAAAACGCGCCUCCCUCCUCCCUCGCCCUCCCCCGCUCUCUCUCCCAAUCCUAACCCACCUACGCAACAAGCGCUUCAUCCUGGCCUCCGCCUCCCCCCGCCGCCGCCAAAUCCUCUCCCUCCUGUCCCUCCCCAACAUGGAAAUCAUCCCCUCCAACACGCCUGAAGACCUCCCCAAGACCCUGCCCCCCUUCGAAUACGUCCUCCAAACCGCCACUCUCAAAGCGCAAGCCGUCUACGCACAGGAAAUCGACUCGCCCAAGGGCGACCCCUUCAUUCUCGCCGCGGACACUGUCAUCGUGGAUACUUCCACCGGGAGUAUAUUAGAGAAGCCGCGCAGCGAGGCACACCACAUUGCCAUGUUGAAGGGGUUGAGAGAUGCGGGAGAGCAUAAGGUGUAUACGGCGCUUGUGGCGAUGACGCCGUUAGCGAGUGCGAGGAUGCCGGGGUAUGCGUUGGAGAGUUGCUUGGAGGAGACGAAGGUGUGGUUUGAUCAGGGGGUCAGUGAUGAGGUUAUUUUGGCGUAUGUGAGGACGAGGGAGGGGGCGGAUAAGGCGGGUGGGUAUGGGAUUCAGGGACUCGGGAGUAUUCUGGUGGAUCGAAUUGAGGGAGGGUUUGAUAAUGUUGUGGGGUUGCCGUUGAAGAAGGCGUUGUGGUUGAUGGAGAGGGUGGUGGUUAGGGCGGAUGAUGAGGAUUUGUUGGAUGGGGAGGCUGGGGAUGAGGAUUUGGAGGAGGAAGAGGGGGAGUAAUUAUUCGUCUAAUUCAUGUGGGUGUUAUUUAGGGAGGGGAUGUGGUUAUGUAUAUAGUGCAAUUGAAUUGGGG